AAAUUCAAGAUAAGUGAGGGAAUGGAGCUCUGAUACAGCCAAAGCUGUAAAACCACUUCCACCUGCCCUAUGACCCCACUGAGCCUUGCAAAAAGACAGGACAGGCCACACAGAGGAGCCAGCAGGACAGGAGUGAGGAGCUCCUGGUGACCUGGGCACUUUCUCCUUCAUGUCACUGACCUGGCAGGAGCCGCUUUAGGACAUGGAUCCCAAAGGAGCCAGAGGUUCCAGGAAGCGCCGCUGAUCUGCACAGACCCCUUUGCCUGCUGCUGCCCCACAGGGAACAGGGAGCUGCUGAGGAGCCUCAUGGUCCAUCCCUGGAUUCUCCAAGCACGGACUCCCCAUCCACUCUGACCACAGCCAGGGCCACAUCCCACCACCUGCCCAGCGUCCAUCCAUGGAGGUGACCACCAUGUCCCUGCCUGCCAUCUCACCCACUGAUGGAGAUGAUCUGUGUGAGGCAGAUGUCCCCAGUGUGGCCAUUCACAGUGUGACACUGCUCAUCUGCCUCUGUGGGCUGGCCGGGAACGGGGCUGUGCUCUGCCUCCUCCAACUGAAAAUUUGUAUCUAUCGCAUCUUCACCCUGGCUGUCAUUGACUUCCUCUUCCUUCUCCUCACAGUCCCCUCUGCCCUGCUCUUCCUGGUGGAGGACAUGUUCUGCUCUCCUCUUGUGCCCCUGCUGUAUUUAAAUUUUCUUUUCAAGCUGUCUGGUGUCUCCUACUACUGGGGGCUGUACUGGCUGAUGCCCAAUACCCCUGUGGUGUAUAUGGAAAAGAUCUUCCAGCUCUGCUGCCGCUGUGAACUUCCUGAGCGCCUGUUUUGGGUGCUGGACAGUGUUCAAUCCUGGGCCUUCUUUGCUCUCUUCACUGUCCUUCCCACGGUGACAUCCCUGUGUCCAUCAGAGGAACAAGGGCACUGCCAGGCAGCUCUUAUCUCCAUGUACACCAUCAUCCUGCUCCUCUUUGUUGCACCCAUGGUCAUUUCCAGCACAGUUCAUUUCAUUAAGGCCAAGUGGGGCUCCCAGCAGCAGCAACCCACGAGGCGUGACAUCGUUACUGUCCUCAUUGUGCUCCUCACUCUCCUCCUCAUCAUCUGCGAUUUCCUGCAGCAGCUCGGUUACCUCGAUGUACCCUCCCUGUUUUUUUUCCUGUUCCCCUGCAUCAACAGCAGCAUCAAACCCUUCAUCUAUUUUUUGGUGGGGAGGUGCUGGAGGCCCUGCUCUGUGGGGUCCAUCCGGCUCUCCCUCCAGAGGGUCUUUGAAGAGCAAAAAGAAAAAAGUGGCAACACAAAUGAUCCCACCAUGGACACAAUGAUCUGAGUCUCUUGGUAGCUUGCCCUGCACGGCUGAGGGACCCUGGGACUGUGGCUGAGGGAUUCCUUAAGUCACCUGAAUAAUAAAUAUCCAGAGCGUCA